GAAGCGAGGAAGAAGGAGGGGGGAGGGAGGGAGCCGAGGCGCACAGCUUGGCUCUGCACUGCCGUGUGACUAGAAAUUGUAAUCGCGGAGAAAGCCAGGGAGAGACAGACGGAGCCCGGCCGAGGGAGACCGAGACGGACGGACAGACGGACAGAGAAUCUGACCGAGAGGCGCUCCCCGACCGACCUACGAGCGGGUGAUGGGGGCGCAGCGAGAGUGAGGAGGAGAUGGAGGAGAAGGAGAGGGGGGCCCGGUGGUCCCAAGGGCAGCGAGACAGCGAGGGGGGCGCCUGAGGAGGGGGUUGGGGGGCCCUGAAGAGGUGGACGGGGGACUGGAGGAGGCAGGGGAGUCAGGGAGAGAGCAGGGGGCCGGGGUCCCCAGGGGCAGACGGGAGGCAAGCGGAGGUGGGGGCGGGGGUAGCCGACCGGAGGAGGCGAGCCGGGAGGGGAGGAGGAGACGGUUGCUGCAGUGGCCUAGACGAGCCUCCCGGGGGGGUGGGAAGGGCGACUGGCGAGGAGGGGGGGGCGCGGGGAGACCCAAGAAGCCCCUGCGCCCCCCCCCCCCACAACCUCGACGGGAAACCCUGGAGGACCGGGGAGGCAGAGCCCCCAGCGGCUGGAGGCAUGCGGAGGGGGGGGCCUGGGGCGCAGGGAGAGGCCCAGCGGAAGCCGAGCCACUGGGCCCCCCGGCGCCCAGGCGGAGCAUGAACAUUGAGGAUGGCGCGCGCCCGCGGCUCCCUGUGCCCCCCGCUGCCGCCCGGUAGGAUGUCCUGGCCCCAUGGGGCCCUGCUGUUCCUCUGGCUCUUCUCCCCGCCCCUGGGGGCCGGCGGGGGCGGCGUGGCUGUGACAUCCGCCGCCGGAGGGGGCACCCCUCCGGCCACCUCCUGCCCAGCGGCCUGCUCCUGCAGCAACCAGGCCAGUCGGGUGAUCUGCACCAGGAGAGAGCUGGCUGAAGUCCCAGCCAGCAUCCCUGUCAACACGCGGUACCUGAACCUUCAGGAGAACGGCAUCCAGGUGAUCCGGACGGACACGUUCAAGCACCUUCGGCACCUGGAGAUCCUACAGCUGAGCAAGAACCUGGUGCGCAAGAUCGAGGUGGGCGCCUUCAACGGGCUGCCCAGCCUCAACACCCUGGAGCUGUUCGACAACCGGCUGACGACGGUGCCCACGCAAGCCUUCGAGUACCUGUCCAAGCUGCGCGAGCUCUGGCUGCGGAACAACCCCAUUGAGAGCAUCCCCUCGUACGCCUUCAACCGCGUGCCCUCGCUCCGCCGCCUCGACCUGGGCGAGCUCAAGCGGCUGGAGUACAUCUCGGAGGCGGCCUUCGAGGGCCUGGUGAACCUGCGCUACCUCAACCUGGGCAUGUGCAACCUCAAGGACAUCCCCAACCUGACGGCCCUGGUGCGCCUGGAGGAGCUGGAGCUGUCCGGCAACCGGCUGGACCUCAUCCGCCCGGGCUCCUUCCAGGGCCUGACCAGCCUGCGCAAGCUGUGGCUGAUGCACGCCCAGGUGGCCACCAUUGAGCGCAACGCCUUCGACGACCUCAAGUCGCUGGAGGAGCUCAACCUGUCCCACAACAAUCUGAUGUCGCUGCCCCACGACCUCUUCACGCCCCUGCACCGCCUGGAGCGCGUCCACCUCAACCACAACCCCUGGCACUGCAACUGCGACGUGCUGUGGCUGAGCUGGUGGCUCAAGGAGACGGUGCCCAGCAACACGACGUGCUGCGCGCGCUGCCACGCGCCCGCCGGCCUCAAGGGGCGCUACAUCGGCGAGCUGGACCAGUCGCACUUCACCUGCUACGCGCCGGUCAUCGUGGAGCCGCCCACGGACCUCAACGUCACCGAGGGCAUGGCCGCCGAGCUUAAGUGCCGCACGGGCACGUCCAUGACCUCCGUCAACUGGCUGACGCCCAAUGGCACCCUCAUGACGCACGGCUCGUAUCGCGUGCGCAUCUCCGUCCUCCACGACGGCACGCUCAACUUCACCAACGUCACCGUGCAAGACACGGGCCAGUACACCUGCAUGGUGACGAACUCGGCCGGCAACACCACGGCCUCGGCCACACUCAACGUCUCGGCCGUGGACCCGGUGGCGGCUGGCAGUGGCGGCAGCGCGGGCGGCGGCGGCCCCGGGGGCGGCCCCGGAGGCGGGGCCGGCGGCUACACCUACUUCACCACCGUGACGGUGGAGACCCUGGAGACGCAGCCCGGAGAGGAGGCCCUGCAGCCGCGCGGGACCGAGAAGGAGCCGCCAGGGCCCACUACAGACGGCGUCUGGGGCGGGGGCCGACCCGGGGAGGGGGCCGGCCCGGCCUCCUCGUCCACCACGGCGCCCGCCCCGCGCUCCUCGCGGCCCACGGAGAAGGCGUUCACCGUGCCCAUCACGGACGUGACGGAGAACGCCCUCAAGGACCUGGACGACGUCAUGAAGACCACCAAGAUCAUCAUCGGCUGCUUCGUGGCCAUCACGUUCAUGGCCGCCGUGAUGCUCGUGGCCUUCUACAAGCUGCGCAGGCAGCACCAGCUGCACAAGCACCACGGGCCCACGCGCACGGUGGAGAUCAUCAACGUGGAGGACGAGCUGCCCGCCGCCUCCGCCGUGUCCGUGGCCGCCGCCGCCGCCGUGGCGGGCGGGGGCGGCGUGGGCGGGGACAGCCACCUGGCCCUGCCCGCCCUGGAGCGCGACCACCUCAACCACCACCACUACGUGGCGGCCGCCUUCAAGGCGCACUACAGCAGCAACCCGAGCGGCGGGGGCUGCGGGGGCAAGGGCCCGCCCGGCCUCAACUCCAUCCACGAACCUCUGCUCUUCAAGAGCGGCUCCAAGGAGAACGUGCAAGAGACGCAGAUCUGAAGCCGGGGUUGGGGGGGAUGGGGUGGGCCCCCCCAAGGGGGGAGGGGCUGGGGCCGGACCGGGACCCUCCCCACAGCCCCAACCCCGCACAGGGGAGGUUGGGGCAGGCAGCUCAGAGCCCCCACCCGCGUCCGGACCCCAGGGCGGCUCUCCAAGCGAGGACAGGGUGGGGCCCCGGGAAUGGAGCCCCCCCAGGGGUUCCGGGCCUCGCCCCCCUCCCUGGCGAUGGGAGGGGACGCAGGAGGGGAGUGGCCAGAAGCCUCCGCCUUUCCUCCUCGCUCUCGCCGAACAACUGCUCCUGGCCCUCGGCGUUCCAGGGGAGAGAGGAGCUUUUUUGAGGGGUGUCCUCUCCCCUCGCCCCCAACAGCCCUCCUUUUACGGUUCAUUUUUUGCAGUUUGACGCCUGUCCCCCGACCCCCACCCCCGCCCUAUCCUACCCCUAACCCCCUGGAAACUGAAGAGACGGCCACGCGGUCAGAGCCUCCGGACACCCUGGCCCUGUCCCGGGGGAGUCCACUCCUGGCCCCCAGGCCCCCGUGGGCCGGGGAUGGGGCGGCGUCAGCCCGUCCCCCACAGUUAUCCCCAACCUUCUCCUGCCCCACAGACUCUUUUGAUACUGAAGGGAGGUUUGCGUCAACGACUACCUGCUCUGUAAUUACUUUAAAAAAAAAAAAAAAACAUGGAAAAAGUAAAAAAAAAUUUUUUUUGGUCAUGGAA